ACAUCCUAUUCCAAUUCCUUCUCCAGAGAUACUCAAAGUUCCCCUUUCUUAUUUUUCUGUUUGUUUGAAAUGGGAACUGAUUUUCCAUGGAAUUCACAAUUACACUUUCAAUAAUUUAGCUAUGUAAUCCAUCCCUCUUCUCUUCCCCUUCCUUUCAGUUUCCCAAUGGCUAUGUUGCUCAGAAAAGUUUGGGGAUCCGUCUCUACUCGGUCUCGAUUGCCCUUGGAAAACUCGUCUACUGGGUUUGAAGAGCCGUCGUUGGGUGAUUUUGAUCGGAUUCCCGUGGAAAUACUGAUGCAAAUACUUCAAUUAGCUGGCCCUAAGACCACAGCUAAAAUGGGUAUGCUUUGUAAGUCUUGGAGAUCUCUUGUUUCUUCUGACAAUACUCUUUGGAUUUUUUUUCUUCAAAAUCAAUUGGAGCCUUGGGAUUCUGUUUUAUUUGGAGAAACUAAGUUGGCUUCUGGAUACCCUCUUGAAACAUUUUCUAGUUCGAUGAUGCCAUUGUCAUUUAUGAAAGUAUAUAGCAAACGGGCUGAAGUGCCGGGCUCUGUUAUCAUUGAUGGUGGUUCUGGUUAUUGCAAAUUUGGUUGGAGCAAAUACAAUGGUCCGUCCGGGCGUUCUGCAACAUUUUUGGAAUUUGGGAACAUCGAAUCUCCUAUGUAUUCUAGACUUCGGCAUUUUUUUGCUACUAUUUAUAGCAGGAUGCGGGUCAAAACAUCUUUCUAUCCUGUGGUAGUGUCAUUACCAAUUUGCCAUUAUGAUGAUACUGAAUCUGCCAAAGCAUCGAGACAGCAACUCAAAGAAGCCAUCUAUUCUGUGUUAUUUGACAUGAAUGUCCCUUCUGUUUGUGCCAUUAAUCAGGCAACAUUAGCUUUGUAUGCUGCAAGAAGAAUUUCGGGAAUUGUUGUCAAUGUUGGGUUCCAGGUGACUUCAAUUGUCCCAAUUUUACAUGGCAAAGUAAUGCGGAAAGUGGGGGUUGAAGUUGUGGGGCUGGGAGCUUUAAAGCUUACAGGAUACCUCCGAGAGCUGAUGCAACAGAAUAAUAUACAUUUUGAGUCAAUGUACACUGUUCGUACAUUGAAAGAGAAUCUAUGUUAUGUUGCCGAAGACUACGAAGCUGAAUUGACCAAAGAUACUCAAGCUUCCUAUGAAGCUGCUGGGGAAGGUUGGUUUACUCUUUCCAAAGAGCGAUUUCAAACUGGAGAGAUCUUAUUUCAACCACGUAUAGGAGGAGUGCGAGCAAUGGGGCUGCACGAGGCUGUUGCACUUUGCAUGGACCAUUGCCAUGCUGCUCAACUGUCAUACGAUGAUUCUUGGUUCAAGACUGUGGUUUUGUCAGGUGGCAGUGCUUGUCUUCCAGGACUUGCAGAAAGGUUGCAGAAGGAACUUUAUGGGCUUCUUCCUUCACCAUUGUCCAACGGAAUCAGAGUCAUUCCUCCACCAUAUGGUACAGACACAGCUUGGUUUGGGGCAAGGCUUAUUAGCAAUCUAAGUACCUUUCCUAAUCAUUGGUGUAUUACCAAGAAGCAAUUCCGACAAAAGUCAAAACUCAACCUCAUUUGGUGAUCACCCUUCGUCUCGGGUUGUUUGUUCUAUAUUGAAAGUCGAUGCCAUCAUUCGAGUCUUGCGUGGCGCUCAACAUAUCAGUAAAAUAUAAAUGAUAAAACAGGCUAUAUACUUACUCCUUGUACUAAAAUAGGUCCUUGAAUAAAAGUGAUCUGAUUAAAAUGUAUUGGUGGUAAUAAAUUAAAUAUGUAGAGUGUAAUAAAAUGUUGCUUUUGUUUGUUUUAGGUUACUAUAUUAAGUUUACACCAAAGUACAUAUCAUAUAGACAUUCUUUACCAACUGUAUUAUUCAUUGUCUGUUAAGUGUAUCCUCUCUCAUAUAUUGUAACACUAAACCACAGUGUAUAAGAAAGAUAUACAGUUCUAGUGGGUUUGAUACUUGUGAUA